CCAAAAGUUACUUAACGAACAGAAAAUCGCCUCUCAAUUUGUCACCCGCCAUGGCCGCACUCCCUAUUUCUCUCUCUCUUACUCUAUCUUCACUGGCCAAAAGGCCCAGCAGCAAGCCCUCUCUUUCUCUCUUCAAGCAUUUUCUCUAUUCCCGACCUUUACAGCUGUUCCAGCCCAACAUCUCCUCUCACUUCACAGCCCUCUACAAACUUCCGAGCGCCAAUUCUCCGGUCGAAUCAUCUCCUCAGCUCUCGGACGACGACAACGACCCAGACUUCGAUGAAGAGGACGACGAAGAUGACUUGGUUUCGGAGGAGUACGAGGCAGUUUCUAUCGAUAUCGAGGACGCCAGUGAGCAAGACGAAGAUGAUGAAGACGACGAGGAGAAUGCUGGUGUCGGCGUGAGCGGCCGCGACUCGAGAUAUGAGGAGUUCAAGUGGCAGAGGGUGGAGAGGUUUAGGAAUGAAGUGAGGGAAUUCGGCAAGGACAUCAUUGAUGUCGAGGAGCUGGCCUCAGUUUAUAACUUCAGAAUUGAUAAAUUUCAGCGAUUGGCUAUCCAAGCAUUCUUGAGAGGUUCUUCAGUUGUAGUUUCUGCACCAACGAGUAGUGGAAAAACCUUGAUUGCCGAAUCUGCAGCAGUUGCUACUGUAGCCCGAGGAAGGAGAUUGUUCUACACUACUCCUCUAAAGGCACUGUCGAACCAAAAGUUCCGUGAUUUUCGUGAGACAUUUGGUGAUGCUAAUGUUGGGCUCCUUACUGGCGAUUCUGCUGUCAAUAAAGAUGCUCAUAUUUUGAUAAUGACCACCGAGAUUUUGCGCAACAUGUUGUAUCAAAGUGUUGGAAUUGAUUCCUCUGAAAGUUCACUUGCCCAUGUGGAUGUGAUUGUCUUGGAUGAAGUGCACUACUUAAGUGACAUGUCUCGGGGUACUGUUUGGGAAGAGAUUGUAAUAUAUUGCCCCAAACAAGUGCAACUAAUAUGUUUGUCAGCAACUGUUGCAAACCCAGAUGAGUUAGCAGGUUGGAUUGGUCAGAUUCACGGAAAAACUGAAUUGGUCACAUCAUCCAAGCGUCCUGUACCUUUGACUUGGCACUUCUCGACAAAGACAUCACUGUCACCACUUCUUAAUGAGAAAGGCACUGGCAUGAAUAGAAAAAAUAAGCUGAACACGCCCACACGCUCCAAAAACGGCAACAAUUUCAAUCGUCGCUCGCAGGUUCCUCAAGUCAUAGAUACGCUCUGGCAUCUCAAAGCAAAGGACAUGCUUCCGGCAGUCUGGUUCAUCUUCAGCAGGAAAGGCUGUGAUGCUUCCGUCCAGUACCUCGAGGACUUCAACCUAUUGGACGAGUGUGAAAUAACCGAAGUCGAGCUCGCCCUCAAGAGGUUCCGCCUUAAAUAUCCCGACGCCGUUAGGGAAUCCUCUGUAAAGGGGCUUCUUCGAGGCGUGGCUGCCCACCACGCGGGUUGUCUUCCCCUCUGGAAAUCAUUCAUUGAGGAGCUUUUCCAGAAGGGGCUCGUGAAGGUCGUCUUUGCCACAGAGACUCUUGCCGCGGGGAUCAACAUGCCUGCGAGGACAGCUGUCAUCUCGUCCCUGAGCAAGAGGACAGAGAAUGGGCGGAUCCUCUUGAAUUCCAAUGAGCUUCUACAGAUGGCUGGCCGUGCUGGCCGCAGGGGGAUUGAUGAGAGGGGUCAUGUUGUGGUCGUGCAGACUGCGAACGAGGGUGCGAAGGAGUGCUACAAGGCCCUCUUCUCGGGGCUCAAGCCUCUUGUGUCGCAGUUUACGGCUUCGUAUGGGAUGGUGCUUAAUCUGCUCGCUGGCGCAAAAAUUACCCGUAGCUUCCCCGAACGGGUUGACUCAGAUGUGUCACGUGCUGGACGAACGCUGGAAGAAGCAAGGAAGUUGGUUGAACAGAGUUUCGGAAAUUAUGUGGGGAGCAAUGUCAUGGUUGCAGCAAAAGAUGAGCUUGCUAGAAUACAGAACGAGAUACAGAUGCUAGCUUCAGAAAUUACCGAUGAGGCCAUUGAUAAGAAGAGCCGGAAACAGUUGUCAAAAUCAGCUUACCAGGAGAUUGCUGAUCUGCAGGAAGAAUUAAAGGGAGAAAAACUUAUUCGGGCUGAACUUCGGAAAAGGAUGGAACUUGAGAGAAUUAAUUCCUUGAAGCCAUUACUUAAGGAGCUUGGAAGAGGGCAUCUAGCUUUUAUAUGCCUGCAGCAUACAAAUUCAGAUGGUAAUCUGAUUCAAAUCCCGGCUGUUUAUUUGGGGGAGGUUGACUCUUUAAACACAAUAAAAGUAAAGAAAAUGGUUAGCGAAUCUGAUUCUUUCGCACUUAAUAAGGAUAUGAAGCCUGAACAUGCCACCGAACCUUCUUACCAUGUGGCUCUUAGUUCAGAUAAUUCUUGGUACCUUUUCACAGAGAAGUGGAUCAGAACAAUCUAUAAAACAGGGUUCCCCAAUGUUGCCUUGGCUUUAGGUGAUGCUGUGCCUAGUGAACUAAUGACAGUUCUCCUUGAUAAAGGAGAGAUGCAAUGGGAAAAGGUUGUGGAUUCAGAACUUGGUGGCCUUUGGAGCAUGGAAGGAUCUCUUGAGACAUGGUCUUGGAGUCUAAAUGUGCCAGUCUUGAGUAGUCUUUCUCAAGAUGAUGAGGUUGUGGAAUUAUCUGAAACAUACCGUACUGCCAUAGAACUCUACAAAGACCAAAGAAACAAAGUUGCACGUCUGAAGAAAAAGAUCGCACGGACAGAAGGCUUCAAAGAAUAUAAAAAGAUUCUAGAUGUUGCUAAGUUUACUGAAGAGAAGAUACGGAGGUUAAAUGUUAGGUCAAGGCGUCUGGCUACUCGUAUAGAGCAGAUUGAGCCAUCUGGCUGGAAGGAGUUUCUGCAGAUCAGUAACGUGAUACAUGAAAUAAGGGCACUGGAUAUCAAUUCCCACAUUAUAUUUCCCCUUGGUGAAACUGCUGCAGCAAUACGAGGAGAGAAUGAACUCUGGUUGGCAGCAGUUCUUCGGAAUAAAAUUCUCUUGGACUUGAAACCUGCACAGCUUGCUGCCGUAUGUGGAAGUCUGGUUUCUGAAAAUGUUCGGUCCUGGAAAAAUAAUAGCUAUGUAUAUGAAGCUUCCACCACUGUUAUGAAUGUAAUCACCUUUCUGGAAGAACAGAGGAUCUCGCUUCUAGAACUCCAGGAAAAGCAUGGGGUCCAGAUUCCUUGCUGCUUGGACAGUCAAUUUGCUGGCAUGGUUGAAGCCUGGGCUUCUGGUUUAACGUGGAGAGAGAUUAUGAUGGAUUGUGCUAUGGAUGAAGGUGACUUGGCUCGUCUUUUGCGACGAACGAUUGAUCUUUUAGCACAGGUACCUAAAUUACCAGAUAUUGACCCGCUGCUUAAAAGCAGUGCUGUGAAAGCAUCCAGCGUCAUGGAUCGCCCGCCCAUAAGUGAGUUGAUAGGAUGAAAAGUGGACCUAACCAAAUUCAUUGGUUUUCACACUCAUAAUUCUUUUGUAUCAGAAUUAACAGACAAUCGAAUGAUAAAUUAAUGUGUAUAUGCAUUUGUGUAAUUUAUCAUAUUUUGAAGAGCCCAUGUAGAGGUGGCCAGUCAACGGGCCAUGGCCCGGCCCGCCGGGUCGACGGGUCUCAAAAUCUAGGCCCGUGCCCGGCCCGCUUAUAUCUAAGGGCCGGUUCAUUGAACCGACCCGGCCCGCUGAACCGCCGGUUAGAAAAAAAAAAAGUUGUAACCAAUGCCGGCGGUCGGCCGUGACCCAACCCGGACCGGACCGGACCGCCGGGACCAAUUUUUUUUUUUUUUUUGAACCUGGACCGAACCGUGGCCCUUGCGGUUCGGUCCAACGGACCGGCCCUUAUGUGGCCGGUUACGGGCCAGUUCUGGCUGGUUUGGUACAGGUUUCCGGUCCGGGUUCGGCCCGCGGCCAUGUCUAAGCCCAUGCAUAGAGAAAUGUCAGAUUCUGCAACACAAUUUAAAAGCAAACGAACAAACACAGUCUUAUUGAACUUUGUUGGAAAAUUUAAUCAGUUUUUGACUCCGUCAUGCAAUUGAAUUCUUGGUUAAAAUCGAUCUAUUGA